AUGCUCCGUACAUUGCGCACCCACCGCGUCAACACGUUGACUGAACUUCGCCGGAUCGAAAAGUCACUCAACGGUGAUGGCUCGAAAGAUGUCAUCGAAGCCUUAACCACCGGCUGGGCACACUACGUCAACUCCAACAACUUACUCAGCGAGCUGAGAGGCAUGACCAAGAAUUACCCCUUCAGCUCUGAAUGCCUUGAUGAGGCCAAGUGGCAAGUCAUUGGAGAUCCUGCGAGUACUAAGAGUUGGAACUAUUGCUGGCUCAUCCUGUCGAAGAUAAAGAAUGAAUCACUCAUCAAAAAGCAUGCGCGUCAGCUAGCUACCAAGCCUGCUAUGUGGGGCGGAAAGACCCCGAACACCGCUAACGUGGACAAAUUGGCCACCGCAUGUGUGGCCGAGUGGACGAGGGCCAUCGACAACAUGCUGAAGCAGUGGACAGCACCACCAAAGACCCCCGGCAAAUAA